CGAUAAUAUCUUUGAAAUCUUAAAUAAAUAAUAAUGUCGAAAGUUUCAUAACAAAAUAAAACCCUCUACGGUCGUCAUUCAAAUUUCAAAGGUUACAGGUAUAGUGGACAUUGGCCGUGACCUGUCAUUAAAUGCUUUUGCGCGUUGUUAUUCGUCGCAAGACGAUUCGAGUUUUGUGCCAAUACAACAUUUUCAUUUUGUAACACUUAUUUCCGGAACGAAUGAAAACAAUGGAAAACGACUCGCCUAACUUGUUUGACAGCGAACCGAUGUCGGUAAAGCUGGCUUUUCCCGAAAACGCCAGCAGCAACAACGAUGACAUAUUGACUGAGAUAUUAGAAGAAAUACAUGAAGAAGACCGCACACCACCUAUCGUAGAAAAUGACAGCCAGAUGACUGACUGUAAUAUUGAUAAACCACCUAUUGGUACCUUUGAAUAUCACACCGAUGAUUCGGAUGGCGAAAAUGACAAUUUGCUGGUGGACGCCGAUCCGGACCAGUCAACUGAAUCGCUGAAAGAGGAUUCCCCAAAUGUCAAGACAAAAGAUAUCCAUAAGGGGCUACCGCCUGGUCGAGUGAAGUUAAUCAUGAAAAUGGACCCGGACGUCAAUAUAGUGGCUGGCGAUGCAGUGUUCCUGCUCACAAAGGCGACGGAGCAAUUUGUUGGGCUUUUGGCGCAACACUGUCACAAAGAGAUGGUAGCAACCAACAAAAAAACAUUGCAAAAGAAGCAUAUCGACACUGUGAUUGAAGAAAAUGUACCAUUUGAAUUCUUAGAAGGUGCGUUAGAUUGGUAAAACCAUUUUAAUUAUGUACACUAUUUUUUUCCUUUAUACAUUUUGUAUUAUAAUAAUAAAUUAAUAUAAUAUGUCAAUAUAACAAUAUUAAUUUGAUAAAAAUAAUAAAAUGGUCUCAAUUACUGACCAAACUAUCCACAUUAA